ACCCGGACACGCCGUAUGAACCAAGCCCAGGGCUUGACCAAUCGGAAUGCAAGAUACAUUUGGCAGCUGUGAAACCUUACCUUUUCGUGGGGUAUGGAGGAUUUACAGAUUGUAACCGCUCCAUUAAUGGCGGAAAAUGAUAUCUCUGUCUGUUUUAAUUAUUGAAAAACUCGCGUGCUGGUCACGCGCAUCUGGUUUAUGGGUACUGUAAAAGAAGUUGUAUGAGUUCGCCGGUGAUAUUUUACUACAGUUUACUCGACCUGCUUGCUUUGGGCGUGGAAGCAAAUUAUCAGCACCCCGUGUAACAUUGGUGUUUAGGUGUGACGCACUGUGAAAUCGGGAAGAAUGAAACUGUUUUAGAGUUCAAAAGGUAGAUGAUGGGAAUGACAUUAACUGGACUGACACUCGUGAUUUCUUUUGCAGUACAGGUGCUCAGUAUAGGGAUGUUUCAAGUGUCAAUCAUGGCUAUAUACAAUUAUAGAGGACAGAAGGACAAUGGCCGCUGUUGUGAUGGUUCCCAGGACCGCCCCCCGUGUACAAUGGAAUGCCGGACUUUCUUUUCUAUCUGUAUUCUUCAUUAUAUAACGGAUGUACCGGACACCCCAUCGUGUCCGUUCGGACAUACACUCACGCCGGUCCUGGGCGGAAACUCCAUAAAUGAGACGGCACUGGCCGUGCUUAACUACUUCCCGCUUAAAAUACCAUUUUCAUACGCCUGGCCGGGGUCAUUUACUCUCGUCAUAGAUGUUGUACACGACGCCUUCCACAACAGAACGCUAACAGAUCCAACCCAGAGAAUAUUACGAUCAGUGGUCAUUGACAGUCUUUAUCCUCCAACUGUUUGGAAGAGGGAAACAAUGGUCUCGGAAUCAGUUGACCUGUUUUUCAAUUACCGGAUCCUUUGUGAUGAAAACUACUAUGGACCUGAAUGUAACGUCAUAUGCAGACCCCGAAAUGACAACCUCGGGCAUUACCUAUGUGACGAAAAUGGCACGAAAAUAUGUUUACCUGGAUGGGAGGGAGAACAUUGUCAACGAGCACUUUGUCUGGACACGUGUAACAAGACGAACGGAAUUUGUGAGGAACCUUUCACGUGUCGGUGCAUCAUGGGAUGGACAGGGGAGUCAUGUGAUCAGUGUCUUACCCACUCGAAAUGUAUGAAUGGCUACUGCUUACAGCCGUCUCAAUGUAUUUGUCUAGGAGGUUGGCGGGGAGAGUAUUGCAAUAUUGACACAAAUUACUGUAUGAAGACUCAGCCCUGUUUGAAUGGAGGAACUUGCAUUUUUGACCUUAAGUUAAACUACACGUGCGUAUGUCCUCUUAACUUCACGGGAGUUCACUGUGAUGCUCAUCUAUGCCAUAAUGAGUUCUGCGAGAAUGGCGGUCAUUGUCAGGACGAAGAUCAUGGACCGACGUGCACUUGUUCGGCAGGGUAUCACGGUAGCAGAUGUGAGCACCCCGUUCCCACAUGUGACGAGAUCGAGUGCAAGAAUAACGGCACGUGCAUGAUGAACGAGUUUGGAGCCACGUGUGAUUGUGAAGCGUCUUUUGAAGGAAAGAGAUGUGAAAUGUUUAUAAAUCCUUGCGACUCCCUUCCUUGUAAAAACGGGAAAUGCUUAAAUAAAGGAAGCACGUAUACGUGUUCUUGUGAAGAGGGAUACAAGGGCGACAACUGUGAUAGAACUGUAGAUCUAUGUGAUGACUACCCGUGUUUCAAUGGCGGCACGUGUUUCCUAGACAGUUCAAGUAAACUUCCGGUUUGUGCGUGCGCCGACCAUUAUACUGGCCAUGACUGUCAGAUUAUUAACAACUUAUGUGUGAAUGAUCGUUGUCAAAAUGGCGGAUCCUGUAAGGGGACGCAAUCCUACUUUAAAUGUGUAUGUACAGACGGAUAUUCUGGUAUCCACUGUGAACAGAAACAAGAUUUAUGUCAAAAUGUCAUGUGUAAAAACGGUGGCAUUUGUAAACAUUUCGAGAAUUCCACCAAGUGUGUAUGUGACCCCGACUACGGGGGGCGGUUAUGUGAGGUUCCACUCCUUCAAUCGGACCAAUCGGCAACCCAUCCGACCCUGGGAGAUAGGGACCGAGAUAUGGGUUACGUAAACAGUGGUCUCGCCCUCCGCUACACAAAUUUCUCAACGAUGGUAGUAACACUCGUAAUGAUAUAUUUUUGCAUAUCUGUAAAGCUGUAAAACCAUUUAAUUAAGACUAAACCGUGUACUACUUCUAUCAUUAUACGUAAAGAAGACAAACCGAAAGAAUGUUUUUAAGUGAAAUAAAAAAGUAACAUUUUUUGAAGUUAUAUUAAAAAACUUUAAAAGAGGCAUUUCUGUGUCUUCAAUUAGAUUCAGAUUCUGACGAAUUUAUAUUUGCAUAGAGCGUUGGUAGAUGUAUUUUUUGUUCAAUUUUGUUAGAAAUACACCAGAUUAUACCUUGGGUACUGUAAAACAGUAUGAACACGUGUAAGUUUCACUUUAAUUCCACAUAGCAUUGUGACAGGUAAAUUAAAAUCCAAAUACAUGUAUUGUAUACAAACAUAACUAAAGUCUUAAUGAUACCGAUUUCAUUGUCGAUGACACUGAGCGAAAUAUUAAUAAUCGAUCAGGUUUACUACUGUUCAAGCUGGGUUGAUGCCAUGUUAUUUUCAGAAAUAUAAUUGUUUUAUUUAUAAUGUUAUUUCUAUUGUUGGAUUAUAUUUGUGAAUAAAUUAUGUUUUCGAUAAUAAUGUCUGGUGUUCUAUCAAAUAUAUACGUAUUGUCUAUUAAUUAUUGCUCUAACAGAGGCCUUCUCAAAACGUAUUCAUAAUUUCGUCCUAAUGUUCUUUCUAGAUGACAAUACAGUUUUGUGUAUAUAUAUCUUCAGUUUCUUUGCAUCGUUGGCUCGCACGAUAUCUGUCGUGUGCUUGCAGUACACGAUUAGAGGGCGUUUUACUUUCAUAGCGCCCGCCUUUAUUUACAAACAAUUUGUACUUACACGCUACCAAACUAGGCAAAAUCACAGAAAAAAAUGACGUCACCAUAGCAACUAAGUACAUUAUGACAUCAUAAAGCCUUUUGACUUUACAUUUGUUAUCAUAGUUUAUAAAAUGGUUUCAAGUCAUCUAAAUCGUUUUGUAGAACAAAACUUUUGUUGAUACCCGAUAAAACACAAACAAAUCAAGGCUAUCGAUAAAAUAAUAUUUUUAUUUUCGUGGUUCCUUGGCAACCACGCAAAACCACGAAUGCAUUUUUCAUGUUAUACGGAACAAAUGAUGAGCUGUCUAUCUUUCCUUUAUGAAUAGUGAAUACACAUGUUGUGGUUUACUGUGGCUGAAACCAUACUCCCUAGUAUUCUGAGAUGUCUACGUCUACAAAACAGUUAAUAAUCUUCACAUCAACACACGUGAUGUAAAUCCACCUCAAUCGAUUAUGUUACUUGAAGACAAUUAUCCGAAUGCGAAACAGUUAUAACGGGUGUCGUCAAUACGUCAGAAGACGCUUAUUCCUCCGGAACAUCUAGUUUUAUUAUCCAUUUUUAUGUUUCACGGACUUUCAGCGGUUUUGUUAGAAAAUCUUUUCUUUGUUCAUAUCAAGUCAUGUUUUCAUCGAUUUCAGUGUCACGUAACAAUUUUGUUUACAUCUCGAUAUUAUUUUCUUUCACAAUUACUACUGACAAAGCUACCUGUUGAAGAGACAAUACAUUUUUUUUA